AUGGCGUCCUCUUCGUCAUUCCAACGAGGCGAAAGACGAGGAAGGUGGGGCAGCCCCGAGCGCACCGUGGUCUGGACCGAGCCCAAGCCGGCAAGGAAGUUGGCCGUGGUGUACUACCUCUGCCACCGCGACGGCCACCUCGACCACCCGCACUUCUUGGAGAUGGAGCUGCUCCGCUCCACCCACCCUGCUCCUGGCCUCUACCUCCGAGAUUUCACGGCCCGUCUCAACGCGCUCCGUGGCAACGGCAUGGCCGGCAUGUACUCCUGGUCCUCCAAGAGGAGCUACAGGAACGGGUACGUGUGGCAAGACCUCACCGAGGACGACCUCAUCCACCCCGCCCACGGCAACGACGAGUACGUCCUCAAGGGCUCCCCGCUCCUCCUCUUCCUUCAGCCACCGCCGGCGCACCAGGACGCCUCCUCCUUCACCUUCAGCCAGGAGAAGAGGGCCGGCAGCCACCGCAAGAACUGGAGCUCCUUCGACCUGGGCGACUGCAAUAAUAAGCUGCCGGUGGCCCAACAGUCUGCGGCCACGCAGACCGACCACCGCGGGCCAGAGCCAGACCGGGACGCCGACCCGUCGAUGGAGCUGGCCAUCGACGAGAUCUCGCCGCCGCCGUCCUCCAGCAGCCCAGACGGCCUGGAGAGCUGUAGCAGGGAAGUUGGCGUGAUCGCCGGCGGGCGGAUGCGGGCGUCGGCGGUGCUGAUGCAGAUCUUCUCCUGCGGGUCCAUGACGGCCGUGAAGCGGGGCCACGCGCGUUCCCGCUCCGACCUGGUGACGGCAAGUGCUAGUACCAGGCGGGCCGACAAGGAGGUGGACGCGUACGCAUCAGCAACAGCUGAAUGCGUGUCGGUGUCAGGUGGAGCGGGUGUCGUGGAGCGGGACUACUUCAGCGGCAGCCUCAUUGAGAGCAGCAAGAAGCGCGGCGGCGAUGAUGCUCUUCUUCUCAAGAGGUCAUCCUCCUGCAACGCCGACAGGGGCGCCGCUAAGCUGAAGCUGCCGGUGCCGACGAAGGAGGUUCGUGCCGGGUGCCUUGCCUCCCGAGGAAGCCGCGCGCCGAAGAAAAAUAUGACUAAAUCCACGGCGGCUCAGAGCACAGACGGAGGCGAAUGCAAGGGAGCGACGGUGGACGGACCGAGGGCCAGCAGUUCUUCUCAUGGGACUAACCUUACGGCUCAUACUGUGCUAUUAUCUUCUGUGAGUGCAAAGAAGAGAAUGUAUAUGCUGAGAGAAGCUAAGCUGCAGCAGUUUCCUUGCAACAAUAUGACCGAAGAGAGCAGCUCAAGAAAAGUGGCCUGGGAAAGUUCCCUGUUCCAGUUUCUCAUACGCAUAACUGGGAAUUUCAUGAAGUGCUUAUAA